AAAGAAGUUACAUUAGGAUAUUAACAAUUAACAAAAUUAUUUCAAUCUUUGAAGUGUUUGAUCAUGUAACAGGAAAACGUAACUAGACUGGGAACAAGCCGGUGUUCCUGUAGAUGUAGAUAAUCCAUAAGCACGGUAUGCUCAGGAGUCUCUAAGGACGCGCGAGUCUCUCGUCUUUCUCGCGACGUAAUCGUCAGCAUAAAAUUCCCCUAGAGACGCCGCAGUGUUUUCAAUCGCCGCAAUUACCACGGAAUGUGGUAGCCCGGUCGCCUGGAGCCGGAACGGAGGGGGUGGGAAUAAUAAAACGUUAGGCGUGUCGGCGUCCGUUUUUUACGCGUACAACGCCGAGCGGCCGCGGUUUUCGCCACGGUACUCGACCGGUCGACUCAGGUUGACCAGGCCGGCAGAUUAGGUAUUCAGGUUCCACCAGUCCCGACCAGUCGGAAUAUCGAACAGGCGGAAUGUCAAGGGUGCACGUGACCGCGACGCCACGACGCUCCGAGAAUGCCUGGACCGUGGACGCGCGGCGAUAGCGUACCUGAACCUGAAAUACGAGGAGGGUAUGCUCUUGUGGGGUAGCGAGCGGGCGGUAGCCUUUGUCGUGGAAUGGAGACGGAGAGCGUGAAGUCCGGGGCUAGCGAGCAUAGCCAUAGCCACCACAGCAGAAGCUCCCAGAAGCAUCAUCGAUCAUCCCACAGCUCGAAGCAGCAUCACAGGCAGCAUUCUCAUCGUACCGCCAGGAGCAAUCGAAGUCAAAGGAAGGAGAGACCGAAUUUGGACACUAGCGAAAUGGCACCGUUUCAAACGACGGUGAACGUCCGCGGGGAUAGCGUGGACAACCUGGGUCAGGAGGUGAUCGAGGUGCAGAUACUGCCACAGGAUGAGAAUUGGGGUGAGAACACUACGGCCGUCACUGGCAAUACCUCUGACAGAUCGGAGUCGACUGAGGACGUGAGCCACUGGCCGAACGAGAACGAUGGCACGUUCGGUUCUAGCUGCAAUCGCUACGUUGGUCCAAUUGUAGCGAUGAUACUUGGGAUAAGCGCCUUCCUCAGUCCUAUAGCCAUGGUUAUUCUGCCUAAACUGGGAUUCUUUCCCGACUCGACAACGGUACUGACGAUGCAGCAGAAAUUGCACCUACUUUCGUGUAAUGCCGAGUGCAAGGGCGAACUGCUGGGAUUGGCCUUCAAGCUGGUGCUACUGGUUAUUGGUAGCUGGGCUGUGUUCCUGCGCCCACGAGCCGCCACUAUGCCGCGCAUAUUUUUGUUCAAGGCGGGAGUGCUGUUGCUCACCACACUGUGCAUUUGUACUUAUUGGCUUUUUUACGUUGUACAGGUCACCGAGAGUGCUAAGACUGUUGCCAAUGGCGAGAUAACAGAGUACAAAAGUUUAGUAAAUUACGCGGGUACCCUUGCCAAUACGCUCUUGUUUAUACACUACACCGCAGUGCUCCUUAUUGAAAUUCGUCAUCUACAGCCUACGUUUUAUCUUAAGGUCGUUAGAUCACCGGACGGUGAAUCGAGGUCCUAUGCGAUCGGCCAGUUAUCGAUACAGAGAGCAGCCGUAUGGGUUCUGGAGAGAUAUUACACGGAGUUUCCGAUUUACAAUCCGUAUUUGGAAAGGCUGCCGGUUUCGAAGUCUGGUAGGAAGCAAUCGAGUUUUAAGUUCUAUGAGGUCGACGGCGGAGUGACCGGCGGUAUGCAGUCGCGCGGCGGUAGCGGAGACCGGGCGGUUCUGGCGGCACAGGCGCGUCGCCGCGACUCGAGUCACAAUGAGCGCUUUUAUGAAGAGCACGAUUACGAGCGACGAGUACGAAAGCGCCGCGCAAGGCUCAUCACCGCUGCGGAGGAGGCGUUCGCGCAUAUCAAACGUUUGCACUCCGAAGUGGAGUCUGCACCAAAUCCCGGGCCGAUGGACCCUAUGGAAGCCGCGCAAGCGGUAUUUCCUUCUAUGGCGAGAGCUCUGCAAAAGUACUUGAGAAUCACUCGGCAACAACCGCGUCACUCGGUAGAAUCUAUCUUGAACCGACUCGCUCGAUGUUUGGCCCAGGACGCGGCGCCGCGCGCCUUCUUGGAACCAUUCUUCGCCGCAAGCCCGGUUCUAUCAAAUGAGAAAGAAAGACAAAAGCGAUCACAUCAUUGGGCAUUGGUAUGUGAAGGCGAGCUACCCUCUCGCUCGAUUGCUAACGGUUGUGAGUUUCAGUUGAGGCAGGGCGAAGUAGCGCUUCUGUGUACGGCAUACAGAUUGCCACACUUUAAUCUCACCGAACAAUUAGCACAUCCCAAAUCGAAUAAGUUUCUUCUGCGAUUGAAUUCAGAAACCUCUGUUUAAGAUAAAGGAAUAAGUCUUAUCUUCCGAUGCAGAUGAAAUUAAACUUCUUUUAAAUAUCUCCAAGACAAAUAUGCUUGAAAAGAUUUAGCACAAAUGACAUUUUAGAUGAGAUGAUGUUUAAUACAAAGUUUUUUUUGUGACAGGAAUAUUAUUAGAAACUUUAUUUUGUACUGAAAACAUGACAUUGUAGAUACUAAAUUUCAUGUAGCAAAUAUUUUUUAAUCGUUAUUUUGAUUAAAUUUCAUUUGGUUCAAAAAUUCUUCGCAGAAUUUUCAUAAAAUUGAAAAAUAAAUCUUAUCAUCUAAAACUUGUUUCACUAAGCAUGGAUUGUACAACUGUAAGUUGUAAGUAUUUAGAGAUUUUUAAAUAGACUGAGAGAAGCACAGAACAGAAAGAGAUAGGAAUAAUUUUCCAUCACUUUCUUAACAACUUCAUGACAUUAAUAAGUGAUACAUACUUCUCAACAUAUUUUCAGGAAACUAUUACGGGGUAAUAAUUAGUUUGUACUAUAAUAUAAAAUACUCAGUUUUUUUUUAUCUUUAAAACAUGCGCACACGCGUACAUACAUUUAUUUAUUCCAUUGCAUAUCAUGAUUUGUAUAUAUGCACACCUUAAAUAUAUCUAAAUUGAUUUUUAAUGUGUAUAUAUACACAUACUUUUAUUUUUUAAGGCAAAAUAUAGAUUACAGAUAAUAUUAAAAUGGUUUGCCUACAGUCAAGCAUACAAUAAAUAUUGGGUCUAUUUGGACUUAUAAUUUCGCUUUUGUAUUUUUGAAUAAGUAUAUAUGAUAAAUUUUUUAUUUUAUUAUAUAUACAACUUUUUUUAAAAUAAUACUAGUACAUUGAUUUAGAAAAAAAAUAAAGAAUACUUUUCUGUUCUAGAACAGAGACAAGUAUAGAAUAUGUUUCUAAUCUAUUACCUUACAAAUGUAUUUUAUACAUUUCCGAAAGUUUGCAAGAAGGAAUCUGAACAAUUCUGAAGAAUCCAAUGGAUAAGGGUUUUAAUGAUUAAAUAUUUAUACUGAUAUAUUUACAUUAAUUCUUAUACAUUCCUUAGUUUGAUAAACCGAUACUUGUAAUAUCGUACUUACACGAAGGAGAUAUGCUUUAAAUAUAUAAAAUUCAUAUGUAUGUGUUCAUACGUAUAUAUGCACAUAUAGCAGCACACGCGAUUUAUACAUUUUAUUGUUAAGGGAAAAAUAUAGGAUUCAUAUCUUGGUAUCUUGUGUUCUGCAAUGUAACAGUACGCACAGUAAACACAUAUACUUGAUAUUUAUAGUUUUAAUUUUUGUAUUUCAACGUUUUUUUAUAUUAUUUUACUUUGAUAUAGUAUUUACUUAGUAUGUAGAUAUACAUACACACGAAUGAUGAACGAAUUACUAUAUUAUAAAAGAUUCCAAUACAAUUUAUUGGAUCUGUUAAGUUUGUUCUCCUCAAUGUUCAUGCAAAACAUUUCUGCGUUGUGAUUAGAUAAGAAUUAUGAUCUAUCGAUAAUUUAUAUAUCUAUAUACAUGCUGUGCGCGUAUAAAUUAUCCUUUUUUGUUUACUCUUAAAUGUUGGCUAAUAAUACAGAAAGAGCAUUAGAAAAAUGCUUUACGCACAAAUAAAGUUUGAAAAUAAUUUUAUAUACUAGUCAAAUUUUUUUUCAUCAAACUGUUUUAUCACAGUUUUUCGUCUUCCUGUUUAAUUCAUAGCUAUUGUAAUGAUUAUUCAGCACAAACAUUUACGAGUAAAUUGUGAAAGUAAUUUUAAACGUGAAUAAUUAAAUUUGUGGAUCAUAUAUAAUAAUAUAAUUUAAUAAUUAAAACUCAUUAAUUACAUAUCUCUUGACGCGUAUCUCUAUGCGGAUUUAAGCAUAUUAUUUGAUAAUCAGAUAUAAAUUUACGUAUUCUUUAAUAUGUAUAUAGUAAACAGAAAUUCUAUAAUUGGAUAUAUAUGUAUAUAUUCGUACAAAUCUUUUAUCAUUGGACUAAUAGACGACGAUAAAUUACAAGUCUAAUAAUGGAAAAAAGUGAGAUUUUUAUAUUGAGAAAUAAUUAACAUUGUUGAAUUUCUUUAUCACAUUCGGAGAUUAUAUGACUUCAUCGUCGUAAUAAGAUUAAUAAAAAAAGUAAAAGCGUAAAUUUUCUAUGAGGACAUGAGCUUUCCAAGAAAGCGUACAGUUUAUAAUAAGCACACGUAUUUUUAUGCUUGUAUAAUUUUUUCACCGAUAUCGUACGCUUCGCUACAUUUGUAAAUUGUACAAGAUGAAAGUAAAAAACAUCUGUAAUUUUUUUAGACUGUGCUAGUUCGAAGCAUCUUGACUUAAAAAACAUUGGAUUUAAAUUGAGGAGAUUAAUAUAAUUUGUUUGUAACUUGAGAUUCUUAUGAGUAUGUAUUUUUUUUCACUGACGUGAGCUUUUGCUAUGAAUGUCUUUUUUUAUUUAUGUGUGCUCGUGAUGACUGUGUACUAUUUGAAAGAUAAAAUAUACAUUUUAAUGUAUAAAA